CCUCAGAGAGACUCUGAGGCUAUUAGUAAGUCGUCACUAGUUCAUCAGGUAACACUAAAACUGACUCAGUUACCUUACAUUAUAAAAUUACAUAAAGUCACUUCAAAGCAAUUAAAUAGUGUUUGUAAAUAAUUCUGUUUUAGUGUUUCAAUGAAAUCAAAUUCAAUUCAGUCAUAGUGAAUGAAAUCAAAUUCGAUUCAGAAACAGUGAUUAAACUUUUAUGUGAUAUUUUGUUAUUUAAAUCACUGUAUAUAAACAGUGAUUUAGUUAUUCCAAAGGAAAUCAAUCAGUGUUUUGUGUUUUAACCUUAAGUACAAAUGAUUAAGAAAUAUACUUUCUUUAAAAAUAUACAAAAGUGAAAAUUUGAAAAUGAUUUAUAAACAUUUUUUAGUCUUGUUAAUAUUAUUGAUUCCAAAUAUCACCAUAGCAAGAAGAGUAAAAGAUGAUAAACAAUUAUCUUUUUCAUCAAGUUUAACGGAAGUUGAUGAUGAAAUUGUAAAUAUUAAUGAUGAUAUAUAUUACAAAAGACCAAAGUUAACACACCGAAGACAAACAACACAAGAUAAAUCUCCAAAACAACCAACAUGCAGUAAAAAAGGCCAAACCUACUGUUUAGACCCACCAGAUUAUCCGGAAGAAGAAAUUCGUCGAUUAUUAGCAAAAAAUAAAAUUAAUAUUUCUGCCUCCAACUUGGAUAUCAAUAUUAAUGAUACAUUGAAUAUUGAUUUGGCAAAUCGUAUUGAUGUUCGCAACCAGGAACCCUUGUGUUUAUCUCAAUCCAUACCAAUAAAACCGAAGAUGGCUGAAACAGAAACAGGUGAAUGGUUAUAUGUUGCUCCAAAUCAAGUGGUCAUAGUUGAUGAAUGUUUAAAUAAAGAUAGUUCAUGUGAAAUUUUACCAAAUUCUUUACAAGCAAAAUGUGUACAAAAGUAUUUACUGCGAAAAUUAUACGCUUUACAAGAAGAUGGUACAAAAAAAGAAAUACGCGAAGUGAAAUUUAAAAUUCCAUCAUGUUGCAUGUGUAUGGUUUUUAAUGCACGAAGGCGCCGAAGACAUAAUUUACGACUUGUUGGCAAUAAACGAGAGAACCGAAAUGCACGAGGAAUAAAUCCAGAUUUUGCUUAUCCAGAUCAAAUUAAAAAUAUUGAAAAUCUACAACCAGAGUUAUCAACCAGAUUUAGAACUAGCAAUAUUAAUUGUACGGAACAAUUUGGAUCCUUAUGUACUAAAGUUGAAAAUUAUCCUAAGGAUAUCAUAGAAAAUUUACGAAAGAAGGGUGCGUUCAAAAAUUCACCGUUUUUUGGGAAAGAUGAACUACCAGUUGUAUUAUCGACACGGAGUGGUUCAGAAAAUGGAGUACCUAUGUGUGGUGCCCAACCUAGGACUAUAUAUCCACAAGCUGCUAAGAAUUUAGCUGAUGAAAUUAAAAUCGUGAUUCAAGAUAAGGAAGGUGGUUAUGUACAAGGAGUUGUCGCUGAAGAAUGCGUGAAUAAUCAACCGUGUAACUUUGAAGAUAAAUUUCCCAGUAACUACGUAUCUAAAUGUGAACAAAUGCAUAUAGUCCGUCAAUUAGAAACAAUCGAUAAAGCAGGUAACGCAGGUCCAGAUUACAUGAAAAUUCCAUCAUGUUGUGCGUGUCAUGUAUCACGGGAGACAAGUAUGAUAACGACCACUUAAAAUAUCAAUAUUUGUGAAGUAAAAAACAAGUUUAAAUCGCCAUUUAUCAAAGAAUUUCAGCUUUGUCCACACUUAUAUAUAUUAUACCUAGUGAACGAUUUAUUACAUAAUGGUUAUUUAUACAGAGUGUUCUAUAAUUGACUGCAGACCUCUUCACUUUAUGUUUAAGCUGAAUUUCGAUCUGAGGACUAAUUUAGAAAAUAUGCUUAUAGAAAAAAAUGAAAAAUUUCUAUAUUCACACACCAAUGAUAGUCUUCAGUCAUUGUAAGUGUCAUUUAAUAAACAGUCUGAAUAUGGAAAGGACUUUCACAAAACUAUAAAAUGAAUUAAUUGGUUGAAUUUGUUGUCUUUAUUUAAUUAUCAAUUUCUCCCGCUUUUUUCGAUUAUUAUUUUACUAUUCAGAGAAAAAAAAUAUUAUUUUUAUGACUGCGCCUUUCAUAAUAUACCAGAAGCUAGAGGUAUUUGAUUUUGCAAAAUACGUUUAUCGUAUUUUGCAAAAUGUAUCUUUUACAGAAAAUCUUAUAGAUUUAAAUUUCGGAUGCUACCAGUAUCCCCAUUACUCCAAUUUCCACAGAAACAGUCAAAAUUUCUUGCGAUUUUUCGUAAAAUUCAUCGUUUUCAGGUUAUUGACAGUUUAACGUUUGGAAAAACUCCAAAAAGGUCAUUUUCAAAGCUCAAAAUCAAUGCAAAAAAAAUUAAAUUUUUAAACUUAUCAAAAUCCUAAAAUGAUAUUAUUUUCGAAAUGAACAUAUUUUAAAAAGUUCUGAUGACUCAUUACAGAUUGUUUUAUCUAAAAUAUCAAUUUUUAGGAAUUAAAAUUGAGAUUUUUUUUACUGUUUCUGUGGAAGGAGAAAUGGUAUACAAAAAUUAAAACAAUAAGGUUUCGGGUAGUAUCCGAAAUAUAAGUCUAUAGGAUUUUUUGUACAAUAUACAAUUGACAAAAUAUGGUACACACAUUUUGCAAAAUCAAAUACCUCUGACUCCUAGUAUAUGAAGAGCGGAGUCUUAAACUUAAUAUUUGUUUUCUCAGAAUAGUAUAAUAAUAAUCUAAACAAAGUGAGAUAAUUAAAUAAUUAAAUAAAGAUAACAAAUUAAACCAAUUAAAUCACUUUAUAUUAUUGUGAAGCUCCCUUCCAUAUUCUGACUGUUUAUUAAAUGACACCAACUACACCUGAAGACUAUCAUUGGUGCGUGAUUAAAAAAAUUUUUCAAUUUUUUCCAUUACCAUAGCUUCUAAAUUAGGCCUCAUAUUGAAAUUUGGUUAAGAGCUUCUUCUUUAUUUUUUUAUUCAGCUUAUUCAGAAUGUGAAGAUGUCUUCAGUCAACUAUAGAACAUCCUGUAUACAUUGAUUAUAUUGUGUGUGUUUGGAUGCUAUCAAAAAUAUGAGCCUUUAACAUACGCAAGUGUAUAUGUUCCUAGCCCUCUACUCCAAAUAUCUUUUUUCUUAAAUAAAAUAUACCAAAAUUUGGUAAAAAAAA